UUCUCUUCUUUCAAAGGAUCUCUGAAAAGUCGGUUACUGGAGGCGAAGUAUAGUUAUUGUUGUCAUGCAAUUGUUUGAUUGCAUGUAAUAGUCGGGCGUUUUCUGAAUACUGUGACCAGUCCUUUUCAAUGCAAGGAUGAACUUCUCUGAAGUCUUCAAACAAUCAAACCAACUGUGCAAAGUUUCUCCAGAUGGAAAAUAUUUGGCUACAUGUGUUCAGUACCGGCUGGUGGUACGAGAUGUGAAAACCCUACAGAUCUUGCAGCUCUACACCUGCCUGGACCAGGUUGUCCACAUGGAGUGGUCUUCCGAUUCACUGUUUGUUCUGUGUGCCAUGUACAAGAGGGGACUAGUGCAGGUGUGGUCUCUGGAACAGCCUGACUGGUACUGUAAGAUUGACGAGGGCUCGAUCGGUCUGGUUUCCUCGCGCUGGAGCCCAGACGGACGUCACAUUCUCAACACGACGGAAUUCCAUCUGAGAAUAACCGUCUGGUCCUUGUGCACCAAAGCUGUGUCGUACAUAAAGUACCCCAAGGCCUGUCAGAAGGGGAUGGACUUCAGCAGGGAUGGCUGUUACAUGGCCCUUGCAGAGCGCCGGGACUGCAGAGACUACGUCAGCGUGUUUGUGUGUGAGGACUGGCACCUCCUGAGGCACUUUGAGACGGAGACCCAGGACAUGGCAGGGGUGGAGUGGUCUCCUAACAGCUGUGUUCUGGCUGUGUGGGACAGUUGUUUGGAGUACAAGGUUCUGCUGUACUCGCUGGAUGGCCGGCUGCUGUCCACCUACAGUGCAUAUGAGUGGUCGCUGGGGAUCAAGUCUCUGGCCUGGAGUCCCAGCAGCCAGUUCCUGGCUAUAGGCAGCUACGAUGAAAAGGUUCGGAUCUUAAACCACAUCACCUGGAAGAAGCUGACUGAGUUGGACCACCCAGCCACCAUCAGCAACACUAAAGCUGUCAUGUACAAGGAGGUGGAGAGGAGGCCGGGUGUGGGGAGUGACAACCUGUCCAUCCAGCAACACAUCACCAUGGGCAGCACCCUGUUCAACACACAGAGCAAAUAUGUGAUCUGCCCGUUGCCGGUCCAGCUGCCUGUGAUCAAACCUGACCUGGACCGUGCCAACCCUAAAAUAGGGGUCUCCUCCAUGGCUUUUAGCUCAGACAACCGCUACCUCGCCACGAAGAACGACAGCAUGGCCAGCGUGGUCUGGGUGUGGGACAUCCAGAGGCUGGGGCUGCUGGCCGUGCUGGAGCAGACGUCAGCUGUGCGCUGCUUCCAGUGGGACCCCCGUCGGCCCCGCCUGGCCCUCUGCACUGGCAACGCCAAGCUGUACCUCUGGUCCCCGGCAGGCUGCGUCUCCGUCACGGUCCCCGCCGAAGGGGGGUUCCAGGUUCUUUCUCUGAGUUGGCAUUGCAGCGGAGACUCCCUGAUCCUCGUGGGGAAAGACCAACUGUGCCUCUGCUACAUGGAGACUGACAACCACGACGACUGACGAGAACCUGUUCCACCAGCGGUCAUGUAUUGGCACUGAUCUGCGUUAGGGUCCCUGCAGCUCAUAUUCCACUUAGUUAGUGGAGGACCCUGAUGUAGGGAAGGCAUUGUUUUUACAUGAAUGAAGUCGUUUUGAAGCGCCAAGAGUAGCUGUUUAAACAAGUUUACAAAGUACAUUUAUAAAACCUUCCACACUGAA